AUGAAAAUUAUUUUUAUUUGUAUAAUAGUUUUGAUAUUAGGAAUAAAAAGUGUGAGAGCAUGUUUCAGUUUGGGCAAUUGUCCUAAAUUAGGUGAAAGUUGCAAAGAUUCAUGUACUCCAGGUUUAGAAUGUGUUAAUGGCAAAUGCCAAUCAAUGACUCUCUGUAAUCCCAAUUUACCAAUUAGUGAAGAUACGUGUACAGGUUCCUUUUUAUGCACAAGGAUAAAUGACACUGUUGGUGUUUGUUUACAAUAUGUAUCACAAAAACUAGAUGGAACUGUCCCAUGCAGUAGACCAGCCAACUGUGCUUCAGGUAUAUGUCAAAAUACAAUAUGCAUGCCACCUCAAUCAGAUGAAGCGUGUAAAACUGAUGAAGACUGUAAUUCAAACAAAAUUUGUUUUUUUAUGGGAAACUGGCCUAAUAGUUAUUGUAUCAGCAAGAGUUAUUUGGGACCUUGUGCAUAUGGAGUUGAAUGUUAUAGUGGAGUUUAUAUUAAUGGUAAUUGUGCCCCAAUUUACUCUGGAAAAGAAAAUGAUACUUGUUCUUUUACAUCUCAAUCAUUUCCAUUAACUAAUCCAUGUGAUGUUGGUUUAACAUGUAUGGAUGGUAAAUGUGUUAAAUAUGUAGAAAAAAAAGCAUGUAAUAGCACUGUCCCAUGUGGCCCAUACGAAACCUGUCAAUGCAAUGACGGUGCUAUUGGUGAAAAUGGAGUAUGUAAAAUUAAAUACAAACUUAAUGCUGAAUGUAAAAAUGCAACUGAUGCUAUUGUAGCCUGUGCAAAAUCUCGCCAGGAAUGUGUAGAUACCCAAAAUUAUUUAUUACGAAAAUUUUGUAGUCGUGAAUAUUGUGAUUAUAAAAACAAAUGUUUUAAACCAAAAUUUUUUGGAUGCAAUCAAACUGAACUUUUUAAAAUGUGCCCCUCUGAUGACUAUACAAAACCAAUCGAUACCGAUAGUAGUGAUUCAGACUCGACCUCAUCCUCAAACUCUUCAUCGUCUCAUGACUCAUCCUCUUCAAAGCAAACCUCUUCUAAUUCAUCAUUAUCAUCGUCAUCAUCCGAAGAUAAUCAUAUCAAACAGCAACAAUCAAAUCUAUAA